CCUCCUCCGUCCAGAGCCUCUCCUUCCUGCCCCAGCUGUCCUCCGAGGCCAGUGCCCUGUCUCCGGGUAAAGCCCAUCUAGUCCGCUGAGCAGCCACCGGGAGCGGCAGGCCCCUCCCCUCCAGCCACACCAUGGGGGGGCCGGUUGAAAGGCUGCCCGAGGAAAUGCUGGCGCUCAUCUUCCGUGACCUGCCUCUCAGGGACCUCGUCGCCGCUGCCAGAGUCUGCAGGGCCUGGGCUGCGGCCGCCACCAACAGUACUGUGUGGUCUGACACAAGCAUCAGUUGUGACUGUGAGCUGGAAGACUUGUUGCCACCGUAUCUGUUCGCCUGCCUGGACCACAUUCGCAACCUAAGGCUGGAAUAUGAACCGUCAAAGAAGGCCAGCCGCAGAACGGCCUUCGAGCUGCUGAUCGCGCUGGCCAGCCGAGCCCCAAGGCUUCGAGGCCUGCGCUUGGAAUGCCGUGGAGAGAACCUGCUUUUUGAUGCGGGCCAUGACAUCCUGGGUGCUGUGCAGGAACUCUGCGGAGCCGCUCAUCAACUUCGCCACCUCGACCUGCGCCGCUUGCCCUACACCCUGGGCAACACUCUGGUGCUUAAAGCUGCUGGUGGCUGUCCCGAGCUCCGCAGUCUUUUCCUGGAUAACCAUGCCCUGGUGAACGGCGUGCAACCCAUCUCUGUGCUCAAGCUAUUGGCGGCCUGCCCUCACCUGCGCGCCCUUGGACUGCACCUUGCUAGUAUGUCGCACAAAGCGCUGGUAUUGCUAGCCGCUCCGCAUCGCUCCCCCUUUGCACUCCUGGCACUGAGGUGCGCGUGCCCUGAAGAUGCUCAUGCUUCCCCUCUACCAGAUGAAGCCUGGGCGACACUGAGUUGCCGCCAUCCUGGGCUGGAGGUGGAGCUGGAGCUGGAGCCUGUGCUUCCAGAUGCGGCCGUGACAAGCAUCCUGCAACCAGCAGUCCCAGUGGCUGUGCUGCGUCUCAACCUCUCGGGUGACACCGUAGGACCGCUGCGCUUCGCGGCGCGCCACUACGCCAAAACUUUGCGCGUCCUCGAGGUGCACGCGCCCGCUUCCACCAAGCUGCACACUGCGCUGGAGGAGCUGGCCGCGCGCUGCGCGGGCUUGAGGGAGGUACACUGCUUCUGCGUGGUGAGACCCUCGGUACUGGACGCCUUCCGCGCGCACUGUCCGCGCUUGCGCAGCUAUACGCUCAAACUAAAGCGUGAGCGGCAUCCCUGGCGGCCCACAGUGGUGGGGUGAUUGGACAAUCUCGCCCCUCCAGGACCGCGCGAACCCGAAGCCUCGGAAAGGCCUAAGCAAGUUGCACAGGCUCGCCCCAGCUGCUAGUCUCGUCUUUUGGGGCUCCGUUUACUAUGGUGCUUCUUGGGAACUGGGACCUAGGAGAGCAUCCGGACCAAUCCCAGGCACCAUAUAGAUUCAGCGAGCCUUCUCCAACCUCUGUGUCUCUGUCCAUUCUGGGCUCUCCCUCCCCUCUGUGCACUCGCAUUAGCUCUGAGGCCCAGAGCUGGGGGUGGGGUGGGGGUGGGGCAGGCACAAGUAGGAGCGAAGAGUCAAGGGUGAGUGUAA